AUGUCAGAUAUAAGACCAGUUUAUUCAACGGGCCGCGGAGGCGCAGGCAACGUGGUGCACCAGUCGGCAGCCGAUGAGGUUGUUGUGCCGCACGAGACUCGCAGCUCUUUCAAACAGGACGAACACGGCAAAUUCCAUUACCCCACAGGCAGGGGAGGUGCUGGCAACGUGACGGAGCUGGAGGCUGUUCCCAGCCCGCGCGAGGACCCUGCUGCCAUCAAAGAGGAGCUGAGCCCUGUGUUUUCUACAGGACGAGGCGGCGCCGGAAACAAAGUGCACGUCAAGGGGCCAACAACCAUUGAACAGGAGAUGGAACAGCAGUUGUCGCCGGUCCACACGGCGGAGAGCGCAAAGAAGAAAGUCUCGUCGUCCGCUGGCAAGAACAGCAGUGGCAUUUUUGGCAAACUCAAGAAAAUUUUUAAAUGA